CUUGGGAGUCAGCCACCGGCCGACAGCAGCAGAGGUCUUCAGUUGAAAGCGAACAUCCGACUCGCUCGCUCGACCCCUGACCGCUGGCCGCGUCCGACCAUUCAAACGCUCUGAGAGUCGCCCACCACAAGAUGUGUCAUUUAAAAUGGUCACUUACGCUGUCUACGCUGCUUCACCUCUUCAGCCACGGCCUGACUUCAGCUUCAAAUGAAACAGAAACAAUCAGCACAAGAAAGGAGGUCCAGCAUGGUGAAAUGAAUAAGUAUUCCAUUCCGCAAUCAGACCGCUUAACAGGAAUUUACAACACGACACUCUUGGACUCGCACCAGACUAUUCCCAACGACACGAUUGAUCUUUCUGUCGCAUUGACCCGGCCGCCUGAAGAAAAGCUACAUACCCCCUCUUUAAUUCAGCCCCAUGAUAGGUCUAAAUAUUCUCCAGUACCAAGUCCUAACAAAACAUCCACCUCCAUUAAUAAUCAAGAAGACGGUAACUCUACUGAAGGCACGUCAGUUCCUUCUUCACUGUCUGAUUUUAAUGACAGAAAACAACUUUCUUUUGUAUAUAGUUCAGAUGUCAGUGAAGGCAUGGCAGAUUUUAACAUCACCGAACCUGAGACCUCAUCCAACACAAGUUCCUCUUCAGAAUCCAACGCAAAAACACCUUCUCAGACUACAAGAAAUGUGAGUUACCCGAUGCUGCCCAGCUCUUACGAGCAGAGCACCGUACCUUCAACAUCAGACCCUCAGAUUGACACGGGAGUUCACAAUUCUACCUCACACAGAGACUACAUUCAAAAGAUUUCAAAUCUGGAUACAGAGGGGACCGUCAAUCUGCAAAAUAUGUCUGUACCUCGGGCCACAGAUUCAUACAGCAGUCCACGCACCUCUCAAGUAAAUGAAACGAGUGACAGUUCCAAUAAAAAUGCCAGUCCAUUUCCAGGAGAUGCGAUCACAGCUGAUUCGCAGUCUGGAAGUGGAACAUACAACACACAGAGUGAAGGAAGGCAACAUUCUGCUGUGGCCAACACGCGUUCUUUUCAACAGCUAAAUAAUUUUAGGGCAUCAAAUUCUGAGCCUCAAAAUGGAACUGAUAACUUAAUGAUACCUAAUGGCAAUCAGCAUCCAUCUGUUUCUGACAGCGUCGAUAGUCCCCCACCAACAAGCUCUUUUCCUAAAAAGAAUCUUAAACCUCUUUCUGACGAAGGACUCCAAGUAAUUUCAUUACCGACUUACCAUCCAAAUGACGUGAUUCAUGUCUCAUCAUCCGAAAUGUACCCAAGUGAUGGCAUACGUAACGCAUCUCAUGAAGAGAAGAAUCCGUGUGCAAGGACGUGCAAGGAGGGCUUGCCGUCCAUGGUGUGCCGGUACAAGUUUGAACUGGAGUGGUACUACACCAUGAGCAAAGCUUGCUACAACUGUCCACUAAGUUUGGACGACUGCGACCGAAAGGACUGUGUUGUGGCAGAUGGCGUGAAACGUCCUAUAGUCGUGGUCAACAGACAGAUGCCAGGUCCCAGCAUUGAGGUGUGCAAGGGUGACCGUAUCAUAGUGGAUUUGCAAAACCACAUGAUGGAGGAGAGCACAAGUAUUCACUGGCACGGACAUCACCAGCGUGGAACGCCCUACAUGGAUGGCGUUCCGUAUGUCACCCAGUGCCCCAUCCCACCCAAAUCAUCAUUCCGCUACCACUACAUCGCAGACACACCUGGCACUCACUUCUGGCAUUCACAUUCAGGUUGUCAGAGGGCAGAUGGAGUAUUUGGAGCACUGAUCAUUCGUGUUCCAUCAUCCAGUGAUCCUCACAGAGAGCUGUAUGACAAAGAUCUCUCUGAACACAUUGUGCAAGUCCUGGACUGGGAUGACAAACUAGGAGUGGAGAAGUUCCUGGCACAUCACCAUGCCAAUGGAAACAAUAAGCCAAAGACCCUGCUGGUUAACGGAAGGGGCCGCUUUCACCAAUUUCAGGAUGUAAAUUCUGUCACUAGAAAUGUGACACGUUCACCUAUUUCAACAUUCACUGUUCAACAGGGCUUCCGCUACAGAUUCCGCCUCAUAAACGCGGGCUUCCUCAACUGCCCUAUCGAGCUGUCAGUGGAUAACCACACCCUUUUAGUUAUCAGCAGUGAUGGAACUGAUCUGAGGCCAGUGGAAGCUAAAACUCUGGUGACCUAUGCUGGAGAAAGAUUUGAUUUUGUACUAAAAGCAAAUAAUAAAGUUGGCAACUACUGGAUGAGGUUCCGAGGGCUGAUGGACUGUGAUGAACGCUUCACUAAAGCUCACCAGGUUGCAGUGCUUCAUUAUGAUGGCGCCCCUCUGAAUGAAGAACCACCUGGGGAGGUGAGAUACGAAAUACCCCGGAGGGAAGGACUGCAAGUAAACUCUCUGAAUGUGGGAACUGCCACUGCUGGAUCACUGGUUAUACCUGAACUGCAUGCAAUGGCAGAAGAUGAUCAAAGUCUAAAAGAAGAACCUGACAUGACAUUCUAUUUAUCAUACGAUUUCUAUGAACUAGACAACCCUCAUUACCACCGGUCACCAUUUUAUGGUUUUCACCAAGUCGCCAGCAGGUUACAGCGUCUGCUUACGCCUCAGCUGAACCAUAUAUCAUUAAAGUUGCCACCAUUCCCACUUCUGUCCCAGCACGGUGACCUCGGCACACGAUAUCCUUUCUGCAAUGAGACUACCGUAAGUGGCUGCGAAAGCAAGUACUGCGAGUGCACGCAUGUGAUUGAGGUGCCACUGGGGGCUGUUCUGGAACUCAUUCUCAUUGACAAAGGGAACGCAUAUGAUGCAAACCAUCCAUUCCACUUGCAUGGUCAUGCAUUCCGUGUGAUAGCCAUGGAACGUCUUAACAGGAGCACGACAGUGGAAGAAGUUAAGGCCAGAGAUAAAGCAGGCCUGAUCCACCGGAAAUUAAAAGGAGCACCGAUCAAGGACACUAUCACCGUUCCAGAUGGAGGUUUCACGAUAGUGCGUGUCCAUGCCAGUAAUCCAGGUUACUGGUUAUUUCACUGCCAUAUUGAAUUUCAUGUGGAACUUGGCAUGGCAGUUGUUUUCAAAGUGGGUCAACACCAUGAAUUCCCGUCUUCUCCGAAAGCCUUCCCUCGAUGCAACAAUUACAUGCCAUCGGAAGAAGAGGCUGAACAAACAAACGACGUGGAAAAUGACAUUCAAGCCCCUAACAGCUUUAUUCCACACUGGUGGCCCCUCAGAUCAUCUUCAGCAUCCAUGAUAUCUGUUCCCCCAGAUCUUGCCCUUUUGUUAUUGCUCUGUGCAGCUGUUCGGUGACCAAAUCUGCCCUACAGACAGUUUCAGCUGUGAGGCGACGUCUUUCCACAAAAUCUACAAACAGAUGAUGUAGCAGCAGACAGUCUCCCUUUCAUUCAUUCUGUUUCAAGGUCCUAAUGGAGCAGAGUUCACUCUUGGGAAUGUAUCAGGGGGCCGUGUAUGUGUGUUUGUCCGUGUGUCCUUCUCCUGAUUAAACUACGUGCAACAAUAUUAAACUCACUCCAUGAUGCAUAGUACUUCUUCAGAAGUAUAUAGUUGUUCAGAUCAUCAACAAACUAUGCCUCGUAUGGAACUUGUAAAUUUAUUUUAAUGGUGAUAACAACCUGUCACUGGACACUAUCCUGAGCCAGAUGACACUGUCUUUUUAAGAUCAGUUUUUUUUAAUAUUGUCUACCAUCUACACUGUGGAAGAUAUCCAUUAAUGUACUUAUUUAUAAAAAGCGUAAUAAACAGUCAUUAUUACAGAAUAUCACUAUUAACAACAACAUAUAAAAUUUUAUCUAAUGAUCUUCUAUCAAUAUUAUAGCCCUUUAUACCAUGCAGUUUUCAAUGCAAUCAAUCAUUUCAUUACCAAGAAUUAUUUACUCAUUUAAUUAUAUUAGAUGUUAUAAAGAUAAUCAUGUUUCAGCUUUCAUAGGUUCAUGAUGAGCAUCUUCAUUCACUGUUUCAUAUAUAGUUAAAAUGCAUCUUUAAAAUAUUAUAAGCAUUAAGGUUUCUAGAAAAACUUGAAAGUGUAAAGUUAAAAUAUUAGUUGGAGUUGUUGUACUUUGUUCAAAUUUGUUAAAAUGUCAAAAUUAUCACUGUAACAUUGAACUUCUCUCGCAUCACUAAUCACUCACUAUUUUCAUAAAUGUUAAAUUUCAAUGCUGAUAAUGCAGGUCACUUUUUGUUCUUGCGUUAAUUCCUUCAAGUUUCUUGUUGUUCAGUUGCACAUCAAGCAUCUUUACCUGCAUACCACCACUUUUGUGGAUAAUUAUAGGAAACAUUUCAAUAGCUCCCUAGUUGCUUGCAUCUGUUGAGACCCCACAAAACAGAAUAUUCUAAAGAGACUGGACACUCGUUGCCUCUCAAUGGAGGCAGAAUAGUCCUCUGAAAUGUUGAUAAACUUCUACCAGAGUACACAGUGCUACAACCUAGAAGACAGCCAUCUUUGGACUCAUUGCUGUGAAAAUCUGAAGUGAUCUUAAUAAUAAAAUGCGUGUUUGUGGAAUAUCUUGUGAUCAUUCUAAAACAAUGUGUUUGUGUAAUUCAUGAAUUAUAACUGUCAAAACCACAUUUUUAAGGAAUUCAAAAUACAGCUAACUGUUCAGUGGUUUAAA